CCCAAGUUUGGUAAAUUUGGUUGCCUACAAAUGUAUGCUCGAUUCCUUUGACAUUUCUCUUCGACCAAUUCGUAUGAUUUGUACACAAACACCACCUAUAACCUGCCAACAUGGCUUCGGUUCCAUUGUUAGAGGAUGAUACAUUAGAUUUUGGAGAAGAAGACCACAUUGAUGCAGCAAAAAAAGGAUCAUUCACGCAUCCAUAUGUUACCUUUAUUUACUUGGCAUUUCGAGGUGGCUCCAUUGCUACAUAUCUCCUAUGUGGAUUUUUCAGUAACAGUUUUAUAGCAAGUUUUGUAUUUAUUGUGUUACUUUUAUCUAUGGAUUUCUGGACUGUUAAAAAUGUGACUGGUAGGCUAAUGGUUGGUUUAAGAUGGUGGAAUUAUGUGGAUGACAAUGGACAGUCACACUGGGUCUUUGAAUCUCGAAAGGGUCAAUCACAGAACAGGGUGAAUGAUAAGGAAGCUACUAUUUUCUGGUUGGCGUUGGUGGCCACACCUGUUAUUUGGGGCAUAUUGUUUGUGGCUGCAUUAUUCAGUUUCAGUUUAAAGUGGCUGUUGUUAGUUAUUAUUGCACUUACAUUGACUGGAGCAAAUCUGUAUGGUUACUUGAAGUGCAAAUUUGGUUCAAGUGAGAGUAUAACAUCAGUUACUUCAGAUUUCUUGAAGAAGCAAGUAAUGCAGAAUGCUGUGUCCAUGAUGGCGAGUCAGGCAAGUCCGCCGACAGCUAAUCCAAUGAAUUCGACUAAUACUGUUUAAUUCGACAAUUAUUCUUGUAUUCCACUACUAUAUAAGUUUGAUAAUAUUAAUCAAUAGAAUAUUCAUACAUAAAACAAAAACUAGUCAAUUAUUGAACAGGCCAGUGGACAAUGUAAUGCUAUAUUUCAUUGUACUUGCUAUUUCAAUAAAGUAUGUAAAAAAGA